UCCUCGCCUUAUUUAACGCCCAAAAACUCAGCUGGUUGCCGCCAUAGAAUUAGAAGCUCUCUAUUUUUCUCACAGCUAUUGUUCUUCAGCAAAACCAUCAGCCCAUGGCCAUGGCGAACGGAGAAAUCCCAGAAAACGCCAACGAACAUUGCCCGGGUCCUCAAUCGGAGUCAGCGGGUAAAUCCGAUGCCUGCCAAGGAUGCCCUAAUCAAGAAGUUUGUGCCACCACCCCUAAGGGCCCUGACCCUGACUUGGUUGCAAUUGCAGAAAGAAUGGCUACUGUUAAGCAUAAGAUACUGGUUUUAUCAGGGAAGGGAGGAGUUGGCAAGAGCACUUUCUCUGCCCAACUCUCAUUUGCGCUAGCAGCUAAGGAUUUCCAGGUGGGUCUACUGGACAUUGAUAUUUGUGGUCCAAGCAUUCCAAAAAUGCUUGGCUUAGAAGGUCAAGACAUUCACCAGAGCAACCUUGGGUGGUCUCCUGUUUAUGUUGAGUCCAACCUUGGAGUAAUGUCAAUUGGGUUCAUGCUUCCCGACCCUAAUGAAGCAGUUAUUUGGAGAGGACCUCGUAAAAAUGGGCUCAUCAAGCAAUUCCUAAAAGAUGUAUAUUGGGGAGAGCUCGAUUUUUUGGUUGUUGAUGCCCCACCUGGGACCUCUGAUGAGCACAUCUCAAUUGUCCAGUUCCUUCAGGCUACCGGAAUAGAUGGAGCAAUCAUUGUCACUACCCCACAGCAAGUGUCUUUGAUUGAUGUUCGUAAAGAAGUUAGUUUCUGUAAAAAAGUUGGAGUACCAGUUCUUGGAGUUGUUGAGAACAUGAGUGGCUUGUGUCAGCCAUUGACAGAUUUCAAGUUUUUGAGGAUGACAGAGACUGGUGAACAUACGGAUGUCACAGGGAAGGUUAUUGAAUAUAUGAGGGAGAAAGCACCUGAAAUGCUAGAUGUCAUUGCUGCCAAUGAAGUCUUUGAUAGCAGUGGUGGUGGUGCAGCAAAAAUGUGUAUGGAGAUGGGAGUACCAUUCCUCGGAAAGGUGCCAUUGGAUCCACAGCUUUGCAAGGCAGCUGAAGAAGGCAAAUCUUGCUUUACUGAACAGAAAUGCGGGGUCAGCGCACCUGCGUUGAAGAAUAUUAUUGAGAAACUGAUGGCAAAUUAUUGGCAUGAAGAAAUGUCAGUGGAGCAGUAGCUUAGAGUGAAGUAAUGUUGGGUUUCACCUGUUGAUCUUUGCGGAACAAAAUUGGGUAGCGAGUCAGGCAAUACUAUUUUUCCUGAAAUCAUAUGUUUGUGGAAUUUUUCUGUGGGGUGCAACGCUUGAGUCGUAGAAAUUAAAUAAUCAAAAGUGAGCUUGAAUUCUGAAGCUUUCUAGCUAUAAGUAAUUAGUUAAUUCUAUAUUUACUUUCAUAACUUAUACUUAAAUUCAUAACACCCUUAAAUCAAGGGUAGGUGGUGGGGAUGGAGGUGUUGAUAGGAUCACUCUGCGCCUAGAACUGAUCUAUAGGUCUACAUUUAUUCCCCCACUGUCCUUAAGUUUGUGGAUUGGAUCAAUAUCAGCUAUCUUCAUGAUUGCUUUUUGUGUCUUGCUUGACUGGUUUUAUGCCCUUAGUUGAUAUGAAAAGCUUUCAUCAUUUCAUUUGCAGCAGGUGACUGGUUAACAGUUAACCUAGAGUGGGCAUUAGAUCAUGUUGGUGACCUCUGAUCAUUUCCACCACUGAUGCAGCUACAGCCAGUGAAGUCCUUCCUUGGGCUGUGGAGGUAGACCACUAGAAAUGGUAUCUUUUGUUUUUUGAAUUCAAGUGCAAAGCUUCUAAGUUUUCUCCACCGUUAUUGUAGGAAUUUGAUAAAAAUUUCAAAUUGUGCAACAAAUCCAUUCGGAGCAAUUUAUAUCUACUCAGUUAUUUUUGCUUUGCUUCGCUUUCUGUCUGUAAUUUGACAGUCAAGAUUCAUUUUACUUGUAUUUAUUGAAGCUCCUCGUCUUAUCAAGGGCAUGAACAUUUGAGGCAUAUGUCAUGAUCCUUGUAUGGCAGGAGGUGAAGGCCACCCCUGUUAUACUGGUAGGGUUAUAUCAGUCAAAUGUGGGGAUUACACUAGAAGAGUUGGUAUCAACAACUGUGGAUGCAAUUAAGGAAGCAAUCACGUCAAUGUUCGGGUUAAGGACUAAAUGAGCAUUUUGGCUAGAGGAUGAAGACCAGCUUGUCUGGAGUCUUGACAGGGGACAUGCUUUUAAGAGAUCAUACACUCCACCUUGAUGAGGGUAUUUAGAGUCCUCAACUUCAGCACCUCGUGCAAUGAAAUUGGAGAAUUGUUUUCAGAUACUAUUAUACCAGCAGUGUAUUGCAGCCAUCACAAUUGAAUUGAGCCUUUACAACGAGGCUGAGUGCAUAGUUGUUGGCACUGAGGAUAAAACAUUGUGCACAGAAGAUGAUCUCAAUAAUAUUCUCAAUCGCUGUGGCUUGGCAUGGUUAAGAGACAGAAAUGGAUAUAGAUGCAAGGAUACUUUGGAUUAUCUCCAAUCUGGUGCAGACCAGGGCCUAGGACACAAAAAACUUUGAGCCAUCGACUCAAGCAAAUCCCAGCCCCAGUACAGGCAGGCACGCAUAAAGAUUAUCAAAUGAUGUUAUGAGGUAAUAUCAUUGAAAUCGACAUCACAAGAUUUCUAUUUGUACGGUAGUCUAUGUGCUGUAUGUCAGCUGAGAAUUUAGAUAGAUUCUUUAUCAUCUGGUUUAAUCUUUUAUGUUAUAAAUAUUGGUGUAUAGUGCACUGCCUCAAAUCAGCUAUCUUUGAACAGCUUUAUGUUUUGUGAACCUCAUUUGCCUGAACAUCUUAUUCAACAUACAUAGUGGGUAGGUGGCCCCAACUUUUUGUC